UGCUCGACUUGCGAAAAAUGGCUGUUUGAGAAGCGUUAUUGUUGAAUGUCGUUUAUUUUGUGGUUUAAAUGCAAGAAAGAAAACGCUUUUAUGAGGAGCUUCGUUUUUUUUGAAUACUUAUGUUCUCCGCAGUAUUGAAUCCUUUUUGAAAGCAAUUCAUUUUGCUUUCGUGGAGAAUCGUGUUUAGCGGUAGAAGAACAUACUAAGUGAAGUUUUAUCCCAAGAUAUUGUAAAGUCAAAGAGUAGAGUUCAAUUCUUCCCUAUACUACGAGUCUACAUUAGAAUAUCAAAAGUCAAAAUAUGGGGACUGUUGUAGAACCUAUGGAUGAUGAUGAAUUAGAUGAUGCUGAAAGGCAACGGCGUACAAUCGUAGCCAAAUAUGAUAGAGGCUAUAAACCAAAUGAGCUUGAAGAAUGGGAAGAUGCCAGUUACAUUGUUUAUCAAGUCACUGAUAGAUAUGGCUUUAUGCAUAAGGAGCCUCUCAGUGAUGAUAGAGAUGCCAAAUUGUUGAUACAAGAACGUGAGCGAGAGUUGAAAUGGAAAAAAAUGAUCGAGAAAUGGACUAAAUAUGCCGGCAAUGAUAAGCUUCGUAAAAGAAUUUACAAAGGCAUUCCUGAUUCAAUGAGGGGAAUUGUAUGGAAAGCAUUGUUGAACAUUGAUAGAAUAAACAACAGGACAAGGCUUUAUGAGGAAUUUCGUGCUCAAGCAAGACUUUAUUCACCAGAUAUCAGACAAAUUGAUUUGGAUGUUAACAGAACUUAUCGGGAUCAUAUUAUGUUCAGAGAUAGAUAUGGAACUAAACAGCAAGAUUUGUUUCACGUUUUGGCUGCCUAUUCCAUGUAUAACCAGGAAGUUGGUUAUUGUCAGGGAAUGAGUGGAAUUGCUGCUUUGCUUUUGAUGUAUUUAAAUGAGGAGGAUGCCUUUUGGGCAUUGUCUGUUCUUAUAACCAGCAGUGAGAAGCAUUCAAUGCAUGGUUUUUUUAUCCCUGGUUUUCCAAAACUGAAACGUUUUCAAGAGCAUCAUGAAACUAUUUUGAAGAAAUUCACCCCCAAACUUUUCAAGCACUUGGAAGAAGAAGGAGUGUUCACAAGUCUCUAUACUCUCAAGUGGUUUAUGCAAUGUUUUCUUGAUAGGACACCUUUUCCUUUGACAUUACGGCUAUGGGACGUCUUUCUUUUGGAAGGAGAUAAAAUUCUUACGGCUAUGUCCUAUAACUUAAUGAAAAUACACAAGAAAAAGUUCGUGAAACAGCCUAUGGAGGAUAUUGUUGAAUUUUUACAAGAGAAAAUGUGUGACUAUCCUUACAAUCUUGAUAAUAUGAUGGACCUUUUACAGGAAGCACGUUUUGAGCUUAGGAAGGCUGGGUUGGAGUCUCCCCCUGCUCCAAGUCCUUUGGAAUUCCCCAAACUCUCCCCAGGCUCUUCCCUAAAACGCGGUGUUUUUGAAACUGCAUCUGCACGAGCGCGUAAAAAUAAAGAAAAAAAUAAAAUUAUUGCAGUUCCCGCUGGAAAGCAAGUUCUCCCCCCGUUUCCGUAUUCGGAAAAUGACGGGAUGAAGUCGGACACACGAUCUAUAUCAAUGUCAAGCUCUGGACGUCGUUCCCAAACCUCUGCCUCCAACAUUAGCGCUCGGCGCUCGGAAAAUUUUAGCACGUCUUUGAAUAGUGAAGUUAGUCAUGUUGAAAAUUUGCGAGAUACUUCGUCUAACACUGAAACAUCAUCGGAUGUUGAGAAACUAUACUCUGGAAGUGCCGUCCGACAUUCAGAAAAUACUGGAACAUUUACUAACAGUAUAGCGGGGCGAUCGGAAAAUUUCGAGUACUCCAUGGAAAGCAUCGGAAGACGAUCGGGAAGAUUCGAUCGCACCUCGGAAAGUAUGGGAAGGCGAUCAGGAAAUUAUGAGUACACUUCUGAAAGUGUGGGAAGGCGACCUGACAAUCUUCAGUUAACCACGGAAAGUGCAAGCAGACAUUCGACAAAACGCAUGGACAGUCCACAGCUGCGUUCACAAUAUAACGAAGAACGUUACAGUAGUCCUUAUACUCCAACAAGAAGUGAUGAAGUACGUCAUAUAUCUCACAAGCAUGAAGAUCUAUCUCCUGAAUAUCCUACAACACCUAGUGGUGAUCCAUUCAACUCAUUUCCGCGUUCUCCACCACGCUCGACGAGUAGUCUGAGCACAGCUGAAAUUGCAAAAUUCAAUCAGGAUCUGAAAAAUUCUUAUGCGCGAUCACAGCAACAUUAUAUACGUAAAUCUGGUAGAAGAACAAAAGAAGGCCAGUCUGUUCCUUUGAACGAUGGUAAUCGUAUUGAAGAUGGUGAAACAUAUGGUGUUAGUGUAUCUUCAGAACCAUCCAGAAAUGUUCCAUUACUCAUUAAUUUACCUGGAAGUGUUGACAUUGAACGGCAUUAUAAUAACGACAGUUCUUUCUCCGAUAUCCGUACCUCUAACGGUACUUCAACACUUGGCCAUGCACCUGUGUGGCAUCAUGAUGGACCAGAGGGGUCGAAGCAAUACACUCUGACCCAGUCCCCUAACAGACAAAUGACUUUUGUUUGAAUGAUAAAUCUUCUUUCUUUCUCAGUAAUAUUUUAACAUUUUUAAUCAUUUACUUCAUGGGAGAGUUAUUACUUUUAGAUAAAUCUACAUUUUCCAUUUAAAUUAUCCUGUUCUCGCGAAGUAAAGUAAAAAUGGAAUUGCAGUAGAGUUAAUAUUAGCAAUGCGUUGUAACAUAUUUUUUUGAGAUUUUAUCAGCUGUACACGAUGAUCUACAAUUGAAAUUGAUGUCAGUAUAUUUAGUUUAGGAUUUUGUCAAUUAUACUAUAGUAUCUAGGAAA